AAAUGCGGUCUGUGCGCCGCUCUGGCCCUCCGGAGGACUUGUCGUCGGUGUCCGCAGCUAUUCCGCUGGGGUUGGUGGUGGGCGGGUUCGGCAGGUGGUUGGUUGCUCCACUCUGCUUCGGCUCCGGGUUUUCAGGCCAUGGGGCAGCAGGACGCGUGGCGGCUCCUGUCGAGGUUCAGCUCACUCAGGAGAGCCAGUGUUGUUCUGCGGCAUCUGAGAGUGUCCAUGCACACAGAGGCUGCAGAAGUGCUGCUGGAGAGGAGAGGCUGUGCUGGGCUCAUAACGCUCAGCAGACCCAAGUUCCUCAAUGCGCUGUCUCUGAACAUGAUCCGGCAGAUCUAUCCACAGCUAAAGAAGUGGGAACAAGACCCUGACACAUUCCUGAUCAUCAUCAAAGGAGCCGGAGGAAAGGCCUUCUGUGCUGGAGGGGAUAUCAAAGCAAUCUCAGAAGCUAAAACAGCAAGACAGAGUUUGUCUCAAGAUUUUUUCAGAGAAGAAUAUAUCCUGAACAAUGCCAUUGCUUGUUGUCGGAAACCAUAUGUUGCCCUUAUUGAUGGGAUCACAAUGGGUGGGGGAGUUGGUGUCUCAGUUCAUGGGCAAUUCCGAGUGGCUACAGAACGAUCUCUCUUUGCAAUGCCAGAAACAGGAAUAGGGCUAUUUCCUGAUGUGGGUGGAGGUUAUUUCUUGCCAAGACUUCAAGGAAAACUGGGUUACUUCCUCGCCCUGACAGGAUUCAGACUAAAAGGAAGAGAUGUUCACAGAGCAGGAAUUGCCACGCACUUUGUAGAUUCGGAAAAGUUGCCCUUGUUGGAGGAGGAGUUGUUAGCCUUGCGGGCACCUUCAGCAGAGGAUGUUGCAGGUGUCUUAGAAAGCUACCAUGCCAAGUCCAAGAUGGAUCGAGACAAAUCUAUCAUAUUUGAUGAAAACAUGGACAAAAUAAACAGUUGUUUUUCAGCCAAUACUAUGGAACAGAUUAUUGAAAACUUACGACAGGAUGGUUCACCUUUUGCCAUAGAACAGAUAAAGGUAAUUAGUAAAAUGUCUCCGACAUCCCUGAAGCUCACACUGAGGCAGCUCAUGGAGGGCUCAUCAAAGACCUUGCAAGAGGUGCUAACCAUGGAGUACAGACUAUCCCAAGCCUGUAUGGAAGCUCAUGACUUUCACGAGGGCGUUAGAGCUGUUCUCAUUGACAAAGACCAGAGUCCAAAGUGGAAACCAUCCAAUCUAAAAGACAUUACUGAUGAAGAUUUGAAUCAUUACUUUAAAUCUCUGGGAAGUAGAGAUUUGAAAUUCUGAGGUGGUCAGACCCCUAAGGUUUACUUUGGAGCAGAGGUCAUUAAACCCAUAGCCAGAGGCCAGGUCUGGCAUCUUGCCCAUUUUCAUCCAGCCUACAAGCUGAAAAUGGUUUCCUCAUUUUUAAAUGGUUGGGGAAAUGACCAGACUAAUGUUUCAUGAUACAAUGGUUGCCUGAAGUUUAAACAACAGUGUUUAUAACUUCUCAUGGUAUGACAGCUGAAGUUCCAGCACCAAUGUUUUCUAGAACGUUACGGCAGCGUCGCAGCAAUUGUUAUCUGUGGCUGCUUGGAGUGGUCAUGGCAUAGACUGUGUGACCCACAGCACUCAAAUGUCUACUGUGAUCUUCAUCAAAAGUGGUUUGCUUGUCCCUGCUUUAAAAGAUCAGAACUUCUCAAGAGUUCCAGAGAAUCCUGAGUGUAUCUCUCAUUUAAAUGGUAACUGUGGGUUCCAGGGGUAGUUUAUAGGCUAACUAACCAAAUUAUGAAGAGAUUAUUAAAAAUAAAGACCCUGAAAUUUG